AUGGCGCGGGCGGCGGGAGCACCUUCGCCGACUUCGCCGUCCUCUCUGUGCGGGCAGGGCGACGGCCCGUCUUCUUCCUCGCUCGCAGGCGAGCAUUGCACAGACCUUGCGUCUGGGACAGGCAAGCAGAGCGCAGGGACCCGCGUUUUAUCGAGCUCUUACGGCUCCGGCAUCGGCUGCCUGGAGUACUCUGCGCACCGCCCGCCGCCGCCUUUGACGGAGGCCGAGCUGCGGUACUACACGGCUCUGCCGACCGUCUAUCUCCAGCCGCCCAUUUACUCGUGGACGCCGAACUCCAGCGGCACGUCGAGCUCGCGACCCUUCAGGCAACAGCGAGUGCUGUUCGAUGAAGUUCACCGAAAAAUUCUACAUCAGCAAGUCGGCCGGCUUGGAGCAUCGCUGCCUGGCGCCCUCGCGCGUCAUCUCGACCCGCGUGCGAAACAGAGCUCCCCGGUGGACGCGGCGUCAGACCCCGGGGCUUUAGAGGCGUUCAGCGAGCAGCAUGUCUUCCAACGGCCUCCGCUUGCGUCUCGGUCCGCGGCGCCCUGGGCCGCACGCAGCCCGCGAUGCCCGGGAAGUAACACUUGCUCUUUCCUGCUCUGCGUGGAUACGCCAGAGAAACAGGGCGACAGCGGGCGAACCGUGGACGUAUCUUCCCGCGAUCCGGUGGAGGACAGCGCCGACGGAAGAGGCCUCGUCAUUCCUUUCGAGAAGUCGCUCGCGUCCAUUCUCCGCUUCUCACCGUGUGGGCGUUAUCUUCUGUACGUGGCCGCCCCUUUCUGCCCCGCCCUCGCCGCUGCGGCGGGCGGCGGCAACGGCCAGUCGCCGGCGCCGGCUUCGCCAGGAGGCGUGGGGGGCCGGGGUCCUGAGGCAGGCGGCGUCGGGGCUGCAGGCGCGGAGACACGGACGGGAGACGCAGCAGGAGCCGACCGUGAACUCGUGGAAAUUGGAAUCGUUGACGUUGAGAGAGCCCGCGACGGCGCCGUCGUGCUUCUUCCUGUCGAAGGCACUCUCGGCGGCGCAGAACCGGGGCAGCAGAGUGCAGAGGCGGGGGAGGCAAUUCUUCAGGCUUUCUGGCUCCCCUCGCUUGUCCCUGCGGAGUCGGAAGCGAAUAUUUGUGUCAUCACCAAACAAGCAGUCGAGAUUUUCACGUUCGUCUUCAACCCCCCGUCCGUUCGGCGGAAUCGUCGGCUGCCACAGCCUUGCAGCCUCGCUUGGGCAGUGCUGUGCCCCUUUCCUUCUUCCGGCUCCUCUUCGGCUCCGACCGCGCCCUCGUCGGCCGUGUCUCCGGCGGCCGCCGCACGGGCCAAAGCUGGCUGGGCUCGAGCUGUGGCCCCGCGCGCCCGGCGCCCGGCGGUCGCAGGCGCGUUCGUCUUGGCCGUCGCAGCGCGGACGCUUCAGCCUUUCCUGCUCAAGUGGAACGAAGACGGCCGACCGGGAGUGACCCUCGCUAAGCUCCCCAAGAUCGAGCUGAACCUGCCACAGUGGCAGUCGCUUCAGCAGCAGGAGGUGCAUUUCCUCCUCGUCUAUGGCGUCGUGUAUUGCAUCCACGUCGACCAAGCCGCCGGGCGCAUUUCCAUGCGGACGCUGACUGGCCCUCUGCAGCCCGACGUCGUCUUGGAUUGCCUCCAACCAGGCCCGAUGGAGGUGUCGGUGGUGGACGAUCUAAUCCUGGUGCAUCACCAGCGCCUGCGCUCGACGCUGAUUUACGAUAUCUUCGAUUACCCCUCGCUGCCCACGGUGCCGUUCUCCGUCUCGCUGGCCUCUGCACUCGCCGCGGGCGGCGGCGCCAAGAGCGUCCGCGCGGUCGCGCCGCUCGUGCGCCAUGGCGUUGUCGGCAUCGGGCCUUCGCUCUCCUUCGAAGAGGCUGAGGCGGAGGGAGGGGGCGACGACGAGCCUGGCGAGGGCGCGGGCAGGAGGCCGAGGCCUGCGAAGCAAGACACGACGCAGCUACUCGACGAAGUCGAGUUGCAGACUGUGGACUUUGAGACCGCGCGCUUCGUGGGCGGCGAAUUUAUCAUGGACGAGGAAGGAGGUCGCAUGUAUCUCUUGGCGCUGAACCCGGAUGUCCUGAUGCAUCGUCUCCUUCUCGAGCGGCAGUCUCUGUCGUUCGCUCUCCAAGUGAUGCAGCAGCGCAGCGGCUGCCGGCGCCAGGUGCUUCGCCUUCUCCAGCACGCGCUGCGCCUCCGCACGCCGCUCUCGGACUUGUCGCCAGUGCUCCUACUCGUUAACCAGAGAUACCGGGCUGCGGUGGAGUCCGUCCCUGACGAGUUCCUGCGGCUCUCGGAGGCACCGGCUGCCGAAAAGAAGCGCGCGGGCGAGAGCUCGCCGGCGGCAGACAGCAACCGCGCCGCUGGCGGAGACAGUCCCCGGGCCCGAGCGCGCGUGGGCGGAAGGGGCGAAGGCGGCGAGAGGGACGAGAAUGCUGCGGGAGGGUCCACGCCGCAGAGACUGGACAGCAAGAAACGGCCGCCGAAGAACGUCGAGGAGAAAGGAAAGACGCGCGUCGCCCUCGAACGGCUCGUCGCGUGGGUGGGAGAUGCCACAAUCGUGACUGAGCGAGACGUCGUCCUCUCUGUAUUGUAUCCCUACGUCGUCGAGGCGCUUGAUCUUCCUCCGGGUCAGCUGCUGCUCGAGGCUGCCUUCGACUUGCCGGCAGGGGUCGCCGCGUCUCUCUCGUCCUCUCUCUGUCGCCAGAUGUCUUCUCACUCGCUGCUUUCGUCCGCAUCUGCCUCCUUUUCCACUUGUGCGCCUUGCGGCUGCCCCGGUCGUUUUUGUGGGGCCGUGACGCGGAGCCCGGCGAACGCCAAGCGUUUGGGCUGGCGCCCUGCCGGCAGCUCUUGGGACUCAGAAGGGCCCGCGUCGCCCUCGCGACCGACCGCAGCUGGAGGCCAGGGGGGGACAGAAGGGACAGGCGACGACGCCGGGGCCUUCUUCGAGGACGCCGGCCUGGAUGACGCCUCGAGCGAAAUCCCAUACGUCCUCAGAACCGCGCUAGAGUACAUGCGCUCGCUUCUGAGUCAGCAAGUUCUUCCGCAUCGGGUCCUGCAGACCUUUAUCUUCGAUGCAUGCGUUUUUUUCAAAAGAGGCGAUAUUCUCAGGCAGCUGCUGCAGUACCACAUCCUUCUGGACUCCCCCGACAUCAUCAAGCGUCUCUUCAUCGUUUGGUCCCUACUGCGCGCGCGACGCCGGCGUUGUCUGGCUAGCGCUCGAGACGAACGUUGGAUACGUCAGGCCUGCCUCGACAUGGCUCUCCGCCAGCGAGACUGGCCCAAGCUCGUUGAGAUUCUCAUUCAGCUGAAGCAGUACACGCGCGUCGUGCCGCUGCUGCGGCGCUACGCGGUUAGCUCCUAUCCCCUGCGGGGUCUUCUGCGGGCCGUCGCCGCCGAUGUUCAGGCGCAGGAGCUGCAGCCGGGGCUUCUUCAGCACGUGCUCGCGUGCGUUCGCGCGUGGGUGAGCGACGCCUCGCUCUCGGCGUCGGUCGCGCUCCCGAACCUCGCGGACUGCAACUUGUGGCUGCCACAUAUUCUGGCCAUGGGCGACGCGCCGAAGCAACUCCCGGCAGCACUUCUUCAGGACUGUCUCGCCAGGCCCCCGGCCUCGCCUUCGGAGGAGGAGAGCGAAGUCUCUGGACUCGACGCGGCGGGAGACGGCAGCGACGACGGCAAGCGCGGCGGAAGCCGUGCCGCGAACGCCGACACCGACGAAGAGGCCGCGGAGAGACGCGCCCAGAGCGAGGGAGGACGCGGGCCGGAGGAGGCGACCAUCGCAGGCGACGGAGAGCCGCCGCUGAACGGCGACGGAAGCGCGAACGUGGCUGGGAGACGCGUAGACGGUCAGGCGCGCUGGAAGCGAGGCGACGACAACAGCAGGGAGGACGACGAGGCCUCUCACGUUGCAGAGUGGGAGGAGGUUGGAGAAGUUAGUGCCAUCGCGGAGGCGAGUGACAGCGACGCUGAGCCAGACGCCCGCGCGCUGUUCAGCUUCGAAGCACACCAGCACCUCGUUGUCACAGCUCUCGGCGCGAGUGACUUGGAUCACACGGACCGAGCCACAUGA